UCAACCAAAACAUCAACCAUACACACAUUUAAGCUCAACAAUAUGGGAAGGCCACCAUGCUGUGAGAAGACAGGCCUCAAGAAAGGACCAUGGACACCAGAAGAAGACCAAAAGCUCAUUGCUUUCAUUGAAAACCAUGGCCAUGGAAGCUGGCGUGCUUUGCCUGCAAAAGCUGGGCUUAGAAGAUGUGGAAAGAGUUGCAGACUUAGGUGGACUAAUUAUCUGAGACCUGAUAUAAAAAGAGGAAAGUUCAGCUUGCAGGAAGAACAAACCAUUAUUCAACUUCAUGCUCUUCUGGGAAACAGAUGGUCAGCCAUAGCAUCUCACUUGCCGAAGAGAACUGACAAUGAGAUCAAGAACUAUUGGAACACCCAUCUCAAGAAAAGGCUCGACAAAAUGGGCAUCGACCCGACCACCCACAAGCCAAAAAUGGAGUCCCUCAUCCACUUCAAAGACGGUUCAAACCUCAGCCACAUGGCUCAGUGGGAGAGUGCUCGCCUCGAAGCCGAAGCCAGACUCGUACGAGAAUCCAAGUUGCAGGAACAAAACAACAUCGUAUUAACCUCUUCCUCACCACCACCACCACAACCUAGACUCAUUCUCAACAAAAUCACACCCCAACACCACCACCAACCCUCACUACCACCGUGCCUCGACGUCCUCAAAGCAUGGCAAAGUUCAUGCUCAGAAAAUAAAAACAACAACCAGAAAUACUCAUCAGUACACGACAAGAAGAAAACCAUGCAUGUGCAUAGCAUGUAUGCCAUGAUGCUUGCCACUGAUGACCUUGAAUCCCCAACAUCCACCUUGUGUUUCCCUGAGAGUAUGCAAAUGAAUAAUAGUAACAAUAAUAAUAGCAAUAGCAUUAUGGUGUCGACCAACCAAGUUGGGUUAAUCAAUGAGAACUAUUUACUCCCUCCAACUGCUGUGGAAGAGUUUAUGACGGUAGCAACGGUGAAGGAAGAUGCUUGUUGUGGCGGUGAUGGUGACAGAAGUGAGUCGUGGAGGUACUUCACCAAACGCAACAGUGAUCGUGAUGAAGAAUUAGCUGAAACUGCGAAGAGAAUUAUGUACCAGACGAUGCCAUGUUUGCAAGAUGAUGACAUAAUGGUGGCUGUUGAUGCAUUAAGAGGUGGUGGAUAUUAUGGUAAUAAUGAUGAUACUAUUAAUAAUGAUGUGGUGGCAUUUACACCUCUCUCUAGCAAUGUCAAUAUGGUUGUUGGUUUCAAUAACGACGUCCAGGAUUUUGAUUCCAACCAAGAUUUAGCGACGGAGAACUUGGAAGUGCACUUCGAGGAGAAUAAGGAUUAUUGGAAUAGCGUGCUUGCUUAUAAGUGA